GGUCAGUGUGAGAUCAGGGUUACAUAGCGUAUUUGAAAUUGAAUGAGAGAAGUGAAAGCUUAUUUGUGUUUAAAUAUUUUUGAUAGAGAAAAUUACAUAAUAUAAUUAUGGCUAGUAAAAAAUUACCGUCGACCAUACGCAAGCUUGUUGCAACGAGGGCAAGCUCAAAUUUCAGGGAGGUUGUUUCCAUAGUUACACAGCCAACACCAAAACCAGGUGAUGGUGAGGUUCUUGUAAAAAACAGGUUUGUUGGCAUAAAUGCAUCUGAUAUCAACUUUACAGCUGGCAGGUAUGAUCCUACAGCUAAAUAUCCUAUAGACAUAGGCUUCGAGGCUGUAGCAGAGGUUGUGGAUGCUGGUCCCAAUGCAAUGUACAAACCAGGCCAACCUGUCAUGUACUUACAGUAUGGUGCCUUCAGUGACUAUAAGAUUGUUAAAGCUAGUGUCUGUGUUCCAUUACCAGAAGUGAAAGCAGAGUAUCUCCCUUUCAUAUUGAGUGGAAAUACAGCAGCCAUAUCAUUAGAUAAGGUUGGAGAACUCAAGUCAGGUGAGACAGUAUUGGUAACUGCUGCAGCAGGAGGUACAGGCCAAAUUGCUGUUCAAUGGGCUAAGUUGAAAGGAUGUCAUGUGAUAGGUACAUGUUCUUCUGAAGAUAAGAUACAGUUCCUGAAGUCAAUAGGCUGUGAUAGACCAGUGAACUACAAGACAGAGAACCUUAGAGAAGUUUUGAAAAAAGAAUAUCCGAAAGGGCUAGAUGUUGUUUAUGAAACUAUUGGUGGAGACAUGUUCGAUACCUGCGUUGAAAAUUUGGCUACACAUGGGAGAUUGAUUAUCAUAGGAUAUAUCGAGAACUAUGAGACAGAUAAGGGAUAUAAACCAUCCCAUACAGUUUCCACAUUACCAGCAAGACUCUUAAGAAUAUCAGCAAGUGUACGCGGUUUCUUUUUAAUGAAUUUUGCUAAAGAUACAGCGCCCUAUGUGAUGCAACAGAUACAGUAUCAUAAGGAAGGGAAAUUGAAGAGCUUUGUUGACAUGGGAGAGAAGGCAUCGGCUGGGCCGUUUGUUGGUUUAGAAAAAAUCGUAGAUGCUGUUGAGCAUCUGUAUUCCAAGAAAAGUAUCGGAAAGAUUGUUGUAGAUGUUAGUUCGAAACUCUAGUGCAUAAUUAUCCAUGGACCUUUAAAUACGACAAAACUAUCGCUUAAAACACAAGGAUGUGCUGAAUUUUUAAAGUGAAUUAUAUUGGUUGUAAAGUGCAUUCUGUAUUGACCUCUCUGGUAAAGGUCACGAACUUAUGUAACUAUGACCUUGUAUGGUCAAGGUCAUUGUAUCUUUGGAAAUCAUAUACAUACAUGUAGUUACAUUUUCAUUACAUCAGGGAUGUUAAAAAAGUACCUCUUUUUUCACAAUAUCUCAUAUUUUUAAUUUAUGCAAAGAAUCGGUAACAGUAUUAUUGUUCCAAAGUUAAAACAUUAAUUUUGACCUUUCUCGUAAAGGUCAAAUUU